AUGGUUUCAAUUAAACAAUUAUUCUUAGCUUCAUUACCAACUUUAUCAAUUGCAUCAGACGCUAAACAAAAUUCAGAUUCUCCAGAAGGUUCAGAAUUAAUUGCAAAUUUCCCACAAGGUGGAUCAAACCAGAUUCAUGGUUAUGUUAAAUUUACAGGUUUACAAAAUGGUUCAGUUCAAGUUGAUGCAAAAUUUGAAAAUUUACCAAAAGAAGGUGGUCCAUUCCAAUAUCAUAUUCAUGAAGCUCCAGUCCCAUCAAAUGGUUCCUGUUUGGCAACAUUAGCACAUUUUAAUCCAAAUCAUGGUAAUAAAACUGAUUGUCCUUCUCAACAUAAUAAUGCUGGUUGUGAAUUAGGUGAUUUAAGUGGUAAACAUGGUUAUAUUCCAGUUUCUCAAGAUGGUUCAUUUGAAACUAGUUAUGUCGAUGAAUGGUUAUCCAUAAAUCCUCAAAAUGAUUAUUAUUUUGGUAAUGGUGAUCGUUCUUUAACUUUACAUUAUGCUAAUACUUCAAGAAUUGCUUGUGCUAAUUUUGAAUCAAAACAAGUUGGUGGUUCUAAUGGAACAAAUGGUUCAAGUUCUUCUGUUCCUCCUGUUUCUACUGCUGAUAGUUUAGGUAAUAGUGUUGGUAUGAGUGGUGUUGCUAUUAUUGCUGGUAUUGCUGCUUAUUUGAUCUAG